GCAAAAGGGCGCCCAGAAAAGUGCCUUUCUUGCCUGCUCGUCGCAGCCAGGUGAGGGAGCUUUCGCGGUAGGCCUAAACGGCUCCUAUCCAUAUUUCGUUCUCAAAUGGAGUGCUACGCUAUAUCCAGAGGAAUGUGCAUUGUCACGUACUGCGCCAGCAAAAGACGACAGUCAUACUGACGGCACCGACGAGUGAUGAGACGCCUUCCAUGUGUUGCGUGUGAUAACCGCGGUUGUGUUUGUGAAAAAACGUUUGGGAGCCGCCAUGGAUAGGAUUCCGCUUGUGGAUAUCCAGUGUUGUGUGUGCGCGUUGCGGGCUUCGUGAUACGUGAAACGAAAUUUGAAAGUGGUGGAGUGAUUCGGAGCAAGUAACGACAGUUCGACAGCCGGGAGUGCUUCCCGCCAACUUGGAUUACUCGACUUAUCUCGGAUCUUGCCAGCGGUAAAAAAAAAAAAAAAAAAAGUCGAAACGAAAACAAAUAAGCAAAGAAAAAAGGAAAGGCUUCGAUCACAUGGCAACAACAUGACUUAUUCAACAUGGAGCUCGCGCUCAGUGAUGUGGAAAAACUGUUCACCGUUCUCAGGUGAUUUUGGAAGAAGAUGCCAAGGAAGUUUAAAACACAAGAUGGGAAAUCGAGUGAAGCCAUUCGAGGACUCUGGGAAGGGGCCUACGUGUCUCAGUUUGUGCGCCUCUUUCAACGCAAGUUUGGAUUUCAGAGUUUGACUACCCAAGAGCUGGAAGAUGCAUUGCUUGACCCGGAGAGUCUGGUGAUUCCCGACUUGUGUGCUCGACUCCUGAGGUUUUUGACGAAGCAGCCAACAAUACUGAUCUCUAAUUUUGAAGUGUGCCUACAAGAUUUAUUGGAGGAUAGGCAAGUGUCGUUCUCCAAGAGCCCCUGGAGGGACCUCACUCCAAGCGAGAAGCUCUCUACAUUGAAGUGGCUGCUUGACCAUGCCUAUGAGAGCAAGGAAGAGGAACUCUCAGAAUUCUUGGACGAUCACUACGAUCCAGACGAUUUGCGAGGCAUAUGCGUAGGACAGGAUGCUUUCGACAAUGUGUAUUGGUACCUGGAAGACCUGCGGCUGUACCGGGAAGCGAAGAAGGCCCAGCGCAGUGGUGGUAGCAGCGGCCCUGGGGAGUGGGACUGCAUCUGCCUGACGUUAUCGGACUGGCAGCUGUUUCUGAAGCAGUUCCGCAAGUCUUCCAACCCGCAAGAGAAGCAACUCUACGCUUUCCUUGGUUGCCACCUGUUCCCCCUCGUGCAGGCUCACGCACAGAGCCUGCAGGAGCGCGACCGCGCGACGGAGAACCGCUGGCUUCUGGAGCGCGAGCGGGAAGAAGUUUCCCGCACCCAGGCCAUGAAGUGCAACGGGGCAUCCUCCGUGGACACCCCCGAGGCCCCCCUUGUCGCCCCCACCGUGGCCACGCCAGCCGACCUGGGCGACUGUAAAAUUUCUGCCCCUGCCAAGGAGGAAGAAGGGCCCCCCUCUUCCUGCGCGGGACCCCAGCAGCCGACCCCCCCUUCCGGCCAAGGAGGGCCCCCGGUGGUGGGGGGUUCGCAGUGUAUGGCGGCCUCACCGUCGGGUGGAACAAUAGUCAACGGUGGAGGAGGACCACCCGCCGGAAGAGAUUGUGGUCCGCCUCCAUUAAUCGAAGCUUCUUCUCUUCAGCCUUUGAGUGACAACCCAAGUGAAGGUUCUGUCACAAGUAACAAAGAGAAUGCUCCUCCCAUGCCUGGCCCAUCCCCAGACAUGACUACGAGCAACAACACACUACCUCCGCUGCUUCAGCAGCAGCAGCAGCAACAGCAGCAGCAACAACAACAACAACAACAACACCAAAUUCAACUUCCUCCACAGCACCCUUCCAUGAUGAUGAUAGGUGGAGCUGGUGUCCCGACCAUGUCCUCAAUGUCAGGGGCAGGCAUGCCACACCAGCAGAUGAGUGCUGGUCCCCCUCACCCCAUGGUUGCCAUGGGCCAGCACACAGGAGGAGGUCCCCAUCCUUCAAUGCCUGUGCAGGCCCUGCCCAGCAACCUGGGCGUUGGGCCCCCAAAGGGUGCCCAUAUGGGUGGUCCCCCUCCUCAGUCCCAUCAUCAGGGGAUGGACGCACAAUAUAUGCAGCAACAGAGUCAGAUCUUUGUGUUUACCACUGCACUAGCCAAUCAGGCAGCAGAGGCAGUUCUCACAGGACAGUGCCCUUCCAUCAUUGCAUUUCAUUGCGCACAGCCGGGAACGAAAAGGUUUCUGGAGAAACACCCCCUGAAGAUCCAGCAGUUCAACAAACAAAGUCCAGCAGCAUGGCUCAACAGUCUUGCCCAAAUGAAGCAGCAGCGUGGAGGAGCGCAGAUGGGACCCAUGAAAGGAGCAUCUAUCCCGCAGCACUUUGGUGGCCCCACGCCCCAUCCUCAGGGCGGCUCGGCGCCUUUCUGUGGCCCACAACACGGUUGCGGUAUGCCACACACUGGCGGCCCGCCAUCCGCUCCUUCCUGGACACAGCAGCAGCAGCAGCAGCCUGGUGGUGGAGUACCGCAUCAGGAGAUGUGGGGUGGGGGUGCGACACCUUACGGUCCCGCUGGAGGAGGACCUAGGGGUGCCCGACCGCCUCAUGCCGGUCCUCAGGGAUGUGGCCCUCCAAACGGCGGAGGAGGGUCAUGUUUUCCGGCAGGUUUCCAAGGUGGACCUAGUUGUGGCACGCUGCCGGGAAAUCCUUCUCAGACCACUGCAGGAGUAAAGGUUCCUGACGAGAACUUGACACCUCAGCAACGGCAACACAGAGAAGAGCAGUUAGCCAUGAUUCGCAAGAUGCAUCAGCUGCUGUUUCCAGAGGCAACUGGUAUGGCACCUUCAAGUAGUGGGCCCCAGUCUGGGGGACCGCCUUUGAGGCAAGGCCCCCAAGACCCUCACCAUCAUGGUGGCCCGCCUAACACAGCUCCACAUGGUGGACCUAGUCCACACCCGGCCUUCCAGCAGAGCUGCAUCGACCACCAGCACCCUGAAGGAAGUGGGGGUCCCCAUUUCCCUGGUGGCCCCGCAAGUAUGGGACAGCAGCAACAGAUGUCUCUCCAGAAUGAGUGGCAUGGCAUGCCCCAGCAGCAAAAGCCGUACUUCGAAGAUCGACGACGCAAGACACCGACUCAUGCUCACCAGUCAGCCGGGCCACCGUCCUUCGGUCCAAGCGGACCUUGCACUCCUGACUUUGCCCAUUCACCAUCUGCUGUACAGGGGGGCCCCUACGGACCUACGCGUCCGGGCUCCUGUCCCAACCCCAACUUCAACAACGGCCCUUCCAACCGUCCAGCUUCCUGCACAGGUUUCAACUCUCCGGGCUCUUUCUCCAAUCCCCCGACACCAUCCAACUUCACCGGAGUACCCACCCCUGGAAGUGUGACAACCUGUCGAGCCAGCCCUGGUCCCGGCAUGGUGUUCAGCCCCGGACCGAACCCCUGCUCGGGAGCAGCUCAGGGGGGAGCCUUUGGCGGUCACGGCACACCGUGUAGUGGGGGGUUUGCCGGGGCUGGAGCUGGCGGAACGUUUCAGCCGUCUGGAAGCCGACCCUCUCCGUGUUCCAUCGGGUUUGGUGGAGGCCAGGGUGGCGCACAAGUUCCUACCUGUGGGAGCCCCGCUCUCCAGCCGUUCAGCCCGGUCAGGCCAGGGACGAGUCCGACGGGACAAGGGUUUGCAUCAGGCCCGAGUCCAACGCACUACGGCAGCUCGAGCCCGGGAGCACCACGGCCACAGGCUCCUCCCAGUCCGGCAGGUGCCAGCCCUCGUAUCGGACCCCCGCCACCUUACGCGGGUGGGGCCUCCCAACCCCGAGCGGGCAGCUUAGCGAGCCCACACCCACCAGCAUCACCACUACCUUCUCCAGCAGCGGACCCCUCUCGUCAGUUUCCCCCGCGGUUGACGAAUCCAAGUCCGGGGAGCAUGCAGACGACGCCACUCAGUUCUCCGAAGCCUCCCGGUAGACCAGGGAGCGCGGGAGGUCGUGCUCCAGCUACACCGACGACACCGAUGAGCACAGCUGUUCCAAGCCCUUCAUCGGGAGGAAAGAAAAGGGCAGCGACGCCGUUGCAGGAAAAUCAAGGAAUGAUGCAAGAUUUUGCGGGAAAUGGAACUAACCCAGGCUCAGGAGACCCGUCAUCGGCAUUCGGUCGGAGCGUAAGCACCCCCGGUGGGCACCAUCCACGGGCUACACCCCCCGGUGGCAUGUCCAAGGAACCGAACCUCAUGCCAGUACCGUCACCCCAGCAGAUCCAGUACCUCAGUUCUUUGGAAGGUCAGGAGCUCACUAUCCAGAAGCAGCCCAACACGGGCCUGCACGCGCAGGAGGGCCAGCAGCCACAGUCAACAGCAGGAGGGAACGCUCACUCGGGCAACAUGUGCACGCAGCAGCAGCAGCAGCAGCAGCCGGGAGCGCAACCUCAGCAGCACCUCCUUCCGGGCAUGCCACACGCGGAAAUACCGCCUCUGGACAUGGGCCCCACCAUGACCUCCGAGAACUCUCAAGGUUCCUUCCACUCAUCCUGUUCCUCUGGAGGAGACAUGAGCAACCCCAGGUUCCCUCCUACAGCAGCUGAAAUGAACCCUGCCACCUUUGAUGGCCAGCAGAGGUACUCUCAGCACGAGCCUCACUAUCGCCCCUCUGCGGGCUACGUCGACCAACACCAGGCCCGCUUUGGAAUGACCCAUCCUCAGGGCGGUACGUUUCCCGACGGCGUACCCCACCAGCGUUACCAUGUCCCUCCUCAGCAGGGAGGUUUUCCCAUGAACCCACGUGACUUUGGGAGCCCUGCUGGACCCGACGCAUCGCUAAUGAGUAGGCCUCAGUCUUUCCGAGGACUAGGGCCCGACGGUACGCCAUCGUCGCACAUUCAAAACCUGCAAAAGAUGGCGCCCCCGUACGACCCUUCUAAAGGGGAAGGAGGUCACCCACCAGAGCUCGUGCAAGACCCACUAGAUGGAACAGGGGGCAGUCCGGACGGAGGCAUGCCCCCCACGACCGAGUUUGUCCCCAUGAUGCCCCAUCACGGAGGCGUUCGACCUCCUUACGCCCAGCCAAACAUGGGGAACACAACCGCGCGGAGCAACGCCGGUGGUGGUCGAGGUGCGAGGGGGCGAGCCUCGGCUGCAUUUGCGGGCAUGCAGGUGAAGCCGAAUGCGCCCAAUACGAUUCAGUAUCUUCCUGCCCGGCCGCAGGGGCCACAGCGCGCACAGGGGUUGGAAUUCCUUCAGCGGUUUGCGCCGCCGCUGACGAAUUUGGACGCUAAGGUGCCCACUCAAAACUUGCAAUACUUCCCGCCGUCGGGACCGCCGAGGUCACCGAUGAUGAUGAGGAGCGGAGGGGCGUAUGUCACUCCAAACGGCACCCACGUGUCUGGCGCACCUCCCAUGCAGAUGAUGGGGGCUGGGGUACCCUUUCAAGGGAAGCAGGGAAUGGCGGGACCGCACGGUGAAGUGGCGCAACCUUUACCCCCCACGGUGGGGCAGACUUUUGGUUACAAACAGCAGCCGUUCUAUGGCCCCACGACGGCGGACCCGAACUAUGCGGUGCAGUUUCACAACUUUCAGCAGCAGCUGUAUGCCACCAAUACUCGCGGCCAGGGGGCAUCGGCGUCUCAGGCAGGUGCUGGAUUCUUCGGACCAAAGUGAACCACAUGUUGGUGUUGUGUGUGCACUCUCUCUCCGCGGUGACCGACCGGUGCCGAAUGCUCCUCAGUCUUUCUCCACUCGACACCGUCUUCGGAGGUGACAUUUCAAGGUGCUCUCAGGGGUGUCACAGGGGUGUCACAGGGGCAUGCAUGAAGUGAACAGGAGUGUCUCAGAAAAGCCGGAGUUUCAUCUACGCUUUGUUUUGUUUGCUCAAGAGGUUACAAUGUAGCAAUCUUCCGCGGCGGACGGACGCGUCGCUUGCGGACACCGCGAUCCACGUGCCCGCGGCGAAAAUGUGGAAGGGACUCACUUUCACUGGUGAACACAUGUUCUCAUUCUUCAUCCCCCCCCCCCCCUCC